GGUUCUUUGAAACUCACUGCUCGAAUGAACCGAUUCCUGGAUUAGUUAGAUUUCGCACCGCUACUAUAAGAUGUAAUGCUAAAAUAGUUACAUUGAGUUAUUUUGACGUCAUCUGCACGAUUUACUCAAAUGAGUCCAAAGAACAAAACUGCCGGAAAAUGAUUUCUUGUUUUGUGUAAAGAGCGACUGCGAACAAACGGGACAGCGAAAUGGAGGUCGCGCGCUAGCUAUUAGCUAAAGCUAACGGAUCAGCUUCAUAACGAAGAGUUCCAAUCAUCAUCUUAGCGAACAGAUAUUCUGUUUGAACAAUAGUGUCUCUCUGCUAUGGAGGAGAGUGUGAGCCCUGAGCUGGUUCAAGCCCCUGUGCCUGAGCCCAGCCAGGAUCCCGUGGAUACCAGCUCACAAGAACCAUCACCGGUCUCAGAAGAAGUCAAAGAUCAGAAGGAGCAUGGUGAUAUUAGUGAAGACAAAGUAGAAGACCCUGACAAAUCCUUGAAGCCUGCAUGUGGUUUUAAGAAGACUUGGGGAUUUCGUCGGACCACCAUUGCUAAGAGAGAAAUCCCUGGAGAAAUGGCAGCAGAGACCCCAGAAAGCAAAGGCGCACCUGUCCGUCGCAGUGGCCGACAGGCGAAGCGCACAGACAAACUGGAAGAGUUUCUGGUCACAGUGAAGAGAGGAAGAGGAGCUGGUAGGAGAAGUUGCCCUUCACGAAUUGAGGGAGGGGAUCCUCCAUCCCAGACCCCAACCGAUGCUGAAACUGCUUCCGAGGCCAGCUUUGAUGGAAAUGCAGAAGCCAAAAUAGAGGAACAAAAAGUAGCUUCACCAGAGAAAAAGAAAAGGGGCAAAGGAAGGGCAAAGAGGGCAGUGAAGCCCAAAGCAGGUGGAGGCUCUGUGAGUGAUGAUGAUGGCAGCUCUGAAAAUGAAGAGGAGGCUGGCGAAGAGGUAGCUAAAGACACUCAAGAACAUGUUGAGACUGUAGCCUUUGCUGAAGAUGCAAAGGAUGUGGAAGCAAAAGAGGAGCAACCAAUAGAUGUGGUAACAAAAGAAGAGAAGGAUUUGGAGGAGGGUAGUAAGAAUGAUGAGAAGUCCUUAAACGAGUCUGUAAAUAAACGUCCUACCAGAGCUUGUAAAGACUCUAAACGAGACACUAAACCCAAAGUAGGAGUGAAACUCCGCAAAGAGAAAAGAGAGGAGGAGGAUGAUGAUGAUGAUGAUGACGACGAUGAUGAUGAGUCAUCGUCAUCCAGUGAGUCCGACAGUGAUGGGUAUGACCCUAAUGCACUUUACUGCAUCUGCAGGCAGAAACACAACAAAAGGUUCAUGAUCUGCUGCGAUCGCUGUGAGGAGUGGUUUCAUGGUGACUGUGUUGGCAUCUCUGAGGCACGUGGCCGGCUGAUGGAGAGAAAUGGAGAGGAUUAUGUCUGUCCGAACUGCUACACACAAAAAGGACAGAUUUCCAAGGCCGGUUCCUCCACUGCAGCUGCAGAGAAUGGCAAACGGCCAGUAGUUGGCCCUCGUAAAACAGAGACUGGUCUUACUGCACCAUCUAGCAAUGCUGCAGCUGCCGCAGAAGAAAAAGCUGAUGACCUGGGCAUCAAGGGCAGGAUCGAGAAGGCUACCAAUCCUAGUGGGAAAAAGAAAAUAAAGAUUUUCCAGCCGGUGCCUGCAGCAGAGGGAUCAUCCCUCCCAAAGUGCAUCGGGCCUGGCUGUGAGAGAGAUGCCCUCCCUGACUCUGUGUACUGUGGAAAUGACUGCAUACUCCGACACGCUGCAGCCGCCAUGAAGACCAUCACCACAGAUGGAAAAGACUCCAAGCAGAAAGAGAAGGGCAAAUCCAAAGCACAGAAAAAGACCACAAAUAAAUCACCACAGAAGAAAAGCUCUGGCCCUGAAAGGAGGUCCUCUUCUAACCAAGGUCAGGAGCAGGAGUCAGCAUCUGGGGCUGAGGAAGAUGACGACUAUGAAGACAAGCACGCAGAGGAGCAUCCACCACCACCAGCCAUGUCGUCUUGGUCCAGUGACCAUAAUUACAUUGCAGUAACGCCUGAAAAGACUACAGCCAUAUCAGCAUCUGUGUUAAACAAAGCGUCAGCUGCCCUUAAAGACAAAGAAAAGGAGGACCAUGUAGAAGCCAAACCAGAAAAGGAGACUGCAACCCCUGACAAGAAAGCUCCCACCCCAAAUGUUACUCCCAAAGGUGGUAAAAAGUCCCCUGGCUCUAAAGGGACAAAGACACCUGUUGCGGCCUCCUCUGUUCCCAAAGGCAAAACAAGUGCGACACCUGUGAGCAGUGGCAGAGAAUUAAGAAAACAGCCGAUACCACCGGCCAAAGCAAAGAAACCGGUACCUCCACCACCCCCAGUUCCACUUUUAUCUCCAUCAGGUCCUGGAUCUCGUCACCAUGCCUCUGGAGCUCUUCGCGUGACCAAGAGCACCUUUACUAUACCCAAAAAACAGCCACAGGCAGGGCAAAAGGAAUCUGCAGAGCCGGGUCCCUCACCCACCUCUAGAACCCCACCAUCGUCACUGUCAUCUACCCAACACCCACCACCUAAACCUACCCCUCCUGCUGCUCCUCCAUCGGCACCACCCAACAACCAGAUGAGAUCCAACAUCAGACGCUCACUGACUGAUAUUCUGUAUAAAAGAGUGAGUGACAGUGAUGAUCUCUCAAUGUCUGAGAGCGAAGUGGGAAAGUUGGCCGUAGGCAUUGAGAAGGAGAUGUUUAACCUUUGCAUGAACACUGAUAACAAGUACAAAAACAAGUACAGAUCCCUUAUGUUCAACCUCAAGGAUCCCAAAAACAAGGGCCUGUUCUACCGCGUAGUUGGGGGAGAAAUCAGUCCUUUUAGGCUGGUGAGACUGAGUCCAGAAGAACUUCUGUCCAAGGAGCUGUCAGACUGGAGAAAAUCUGAGAGCUCUGAGAAGAGUUUGGAUAAAAGUGGAAGAUCCCAGUCAGGACAGCUCAAAAGUGGAUCCAGACAGGAGGCUACUCCCCUAGAUAUUGAUAUGGAGGAAGCUCCUCCAAUGUCUGACGGAGAUGUAUGUAUGCCUGCCACUUCCCAAUCUCCUCACUUGGCUUCUGCUGCUGACUCCCAAGAGGACACACGACCAACUUCAGCACCAGCUUCUACUGGGAAAGGUAACUCGAUGCCAGAUAUCUUUAGUAGUAUGCUGAAAGACACCACAGCAGAGCACCGGGCUCAUCUCUUUGACCUGAACUGCAAGAUCUGUACAGGCCAGAAGUCUGCAGAGGAUGAACCGCCAUCUAAGAAAACCAAAAUGUCUGCACCUAAAAAGCCAGAGCCAUCUUUUAAGUCUAAACCAGAGCCACGACCAUCCAAACCCCCUGCUGAUUUCCCUCAAGUUUCCUCUCAUUCUGGUCAUGAGACAACUUUACCUGAUUCAACGACUGUGAUGGAAGAUCUGAGCAGUGUUUUUCCUGUAGUUCAGGCCCCAGUGGCUGCUGCUGUACCGGCAGUGUCUUCUGUAACAAUAACUCGAAGGGACCCUCGUACUGCUGGUCACCGAUCAUCUGUGCCACAAAUAGUUCCUGAUGUUGUUCCUACUAUGCCAGCAAAUGUUCCCAUCUCUGUUGAACCUGCAGUUGUGGAAGCAAAGGUUCCUUUGCCAAUGCCCCCUCCUGCCCCAGCAUCUCUAGCCAGACCUGUGGUGCCAAAACCAACUAGUGAGCCCCCUCCUGAAGGUGAAACUGCUUUGUUUUUGUCUGGACAAGAAAUGAUGUGGAAAGGAUUCAUAAACAUGCACUCCGUGGCCAAGUUUGUCACAAAAGCCUACUUGGUUUCUGGAUCGUUUGAACAUAUUAAAGAGGACUUGCCUGACACCAUUCACAUUGGUGGUAGAAUAUUACCGCACACUGUGUGGGAUUAUGUGGGAAAGUUGAAGACUUCAUUAUCGAAAGAACUAAGUCUUAUUCGUUUCCAUCCAGCGACUGAGGAGGAGGAGGUGGCAUACGUGUCUCUGUUUUCUUAUUUCAGUAGCCGCAAGCGAUUUGGAGUAGUGGCAAAUGGCAACAAGCGAAUUAAAGACCUUUACCUCAUCCCUCUAAGUUCAAAAGAUCCACUUCCUUCAAAGCUUCUGCCGUUUGAUGGUCCAGGGCUGGAACCAGCUCGUCCAAAUCUGCUUUUGGGGUUGUUGAUUUGCCAGAAAGACAAGAAACGUUCUGGAGCCCCUUUAGAGAAUGAAGAAAAACGAUCUAAAACGUUAAGAGAUGAAGAGACGGGCCUUCCAAAACCAUCUACGAUUAGUAAAUCUGAAAUAAAACAGGACAAAGUUCAUCGAUCUAGUCUGGAUGCUAUAAGUACAACACCGCCAGGCUCCCCUCCACCCCUUGGUGUCGCAGAUUCUUCAAGUUCUGUCUCUUCUGUGUUGUCCUUACUCUCCUCUGUGAAAGCAACUGGUGUCAGCACAGGCAGUAAUUCUCCAUCCUCUAUUGCAGCAUCUGCAGUUUCCUCCACACCACUUCAGACUAUCCUGAAAACACUUUUUGGUAAAAAGAAGCAAGAUUCUGAUGUUUCAUUAUCACCUUCUGAUCAAAGUGUUGCAGAUGUCUCUCUGCCUUCAGUGUCCAUGCUAGAUCCAAUUGUUCAGCAGUUUGCAAUAAUUAAGGGGAAAGAGGUAGUACAGGAUGAUAGACCAUAUGAUCCUGAAGAAGAAUAUGAUCCGGCCAUUGGGUAUGAUACAGAAAACACCCAUGAUACAACAAAAGCAUCUGCUGUUCAGCAAGCAGAGGUCUCGUCUGUGGUAGAUGAUGUUGCUUAUGACCCUGAGGAUGACUCUCUGUUUGAUGAGGUUGAGACUGAUCCAGGUUCAAAGAAAUUACCUGAGCAUCAAAAAGUGCUUGAAGAUAAACAAAUGGUGGAACAGAAGUAUGAGGAACCAGUUCAUCAGCACAUACCAGAGACGUUAAUUUCCCAGCCUAUUACAUCUCUGUUGGCUAACAAUCAAUUGCUUCAACUUGGCAAAAAGGUUGAAGAGAUGGUGACAAAGGGUUCAGCUACUCCAGUAAUUAACCAAAGAAGAGACCCAAGGCAGAGUAGAGACCCUAGACAGACAGCUGCAAGUAGAAGACAGAUGUCUGAUUCCACAGAAAUGGAGGAGGAAUCUUUUAUUACUACAGACAAAUCAUCCACACAACAGGAAACAGAGAUAUCAGAAACCGAAACCUGCACUGCCACAGCUGCUGACACACAAACUCCUGAACUGGAUCCUACUGAGGAAACAUCAGUAGAGGAACCUUCAGAAGCUGCAGAUAUAUCCAUAAUGCAAGUCACUAGCACCUUGGAUUCAGUGCAGCCUGCCAUUGUGGACCCUGAAGUAUCCAUGUCUGAGGAGGCAGGGGAGAGUAAGAAAGAAAGCAAGUGUGAAGAGAUGCCUUUUUUUGAUACAGAAAGCACAGAAGUUUCUAUUCCGUUACUAGGGGAAAAAAUUGACCCAGAGUUAGUUGAAAGUUAUAUGGACAAAGAACCUGAAGAGGAACACAAAACUAAGGAUAAUCCCAUUGAGUCUGAGUUGAAAAGUUUUGAAGAGGUUUGGCCUAAUUCUGCCAGUAUUUUAAAAGUUGACCAAGCUUUGUCCACUGGACUGUCUGUUUCUCAAACUGAUGAAGUUACAUCAGUUGGGCACCCUAUUGAGACCACUGCAACUACAUAUUAUAACAUUUCAACAAUCAAUACUUUAUCUGCAUCUGCACACUCAAGAAUGCCACAAGAUGUUAUCCAAGACAACUCGUCUUAUAUGGAAUCACUUAGUUCCCAUAUUCAACACAUACCAACAACAAACCCUGCUAACAUUCCACCUCCAAUGUCUUUCCCUCCACGUAUUGGACCUCCCCCUAUUCUUGGUCCACCUCCCAUACAAGGCCCUCCACCAAUAACUGUUCCUCCACCCAUGCAUCUCCCUCCUCCAAUGUCAGGACCGCUAUCAAUGCAGAUUCCCCCAAUGCAAGGUCCACCUCGUCCCCUUGGAGAUAAGGAUCAUUCUCAAUAUCCACCACCAUCUUCUUAUCCACUAUUCCAGAAUCAAUGGAGUAGCAAUUCUCAGUUUGAUGCUGCUCCUAGAGUUCCACUACCUCCAAACUUUACACCAAGAGGACCACCUCCAUUCCAACCAAUAGGUCAGAGAGGUCCACCUCCUCAGAUAUUUGAUAAUUCUAUUAAUUCACUGCCCCCUCAGCAUAUUGGACUGAGAGGACCACCUCCAGGCCCUCCACCACCUGGGCCACCCCUUCCCAAUUUUGAUGGACAAAGGUUUAAUGGGCCUCCACCCCCAUUUAAUUUCUCUGCACCCAGAGGCCCACCUCCACCAUUCCCCGGUCCCCCUCCAAAUCAUUUUGAUAAUAGAGCACCACCACCAUCCCACUUCUCCGCUACAAGAGGUCCGCCUGCGCUUCAUAACAUUGUGGAUCAUGGCCCUUCAUCUAGUAUAACAAGAGGGUCUGCAGAUCAGUUUGAAGAUAGUGGAAACACUUAUCGUCAGGGAUUAGAGAAGCCCCAGAUACUCCCACAAGUUUCUUCUUUUAGAGGCCCUCCACCAAACCCCUUUGAUGGGCGAAGAGGACCUACAGGUCCUACAGGUGAAAUAUCAGGGCAGCGAUUUCCACUUCCGAACCAAUUUCGUAGUUCACCUCAGCAUAGGGGAUCUUUUGAGGAACCACGAGGAACUUCAUCUCAAGACUUUGAAAGGCACCUGGGACUGGCAGUGCCGCAGUUUGGCGGGCCAAGAGGUCCACCACUGGGACAUUAUGAUAAGGAAGCUGUUGGUCAGCCAAUACGAUUUAACUAUAAAGAUGAUACUCAGAGUGACGUCCGAGAUGCAAGAGAUGUCCGGGACGCAAGAGACAUUAGAGACAUCCGGGAUGCAAGAGACAUCCGGGACCCUAGAGACAUCCGGGACCCUAGAGACAUCCGGGACCCUAGAGACAUACGGGACAUUAGAGACAUCCGGGACGCAAGAGACAUUAGAGAUGUGCGCGACCCAAGAGAUGUUCGAGACGUCCGGGACCCAAGAGAUGUUCGGGAUGUAAGGGACAUCCGAGAUGCAAGAGAAGUUCGAGACAUCCGAGAUGCAAGAGAAGUUCGAGACAUCAGAGAUGCAAGAGAAGUUCGAGACAUCAGAGAUGCAAGAGAGGUUCGAGACGCUAGAGAAGUUCGAGACGGCCGAGACACAAGAGAAGUUCGAGAUGGCCGAGACGCAAGAGAAGUUCGAGACGUUCGAGACACAAGAGAGGUCCGAGACGCAAGAGAAGUCCGAGACAUCAGAGAUGCAAGAGAUGUUCGAGACGUCCGAGAAGCAAGAGAAGUUCGAGACGUACGAGAAGCAAGAGAAGUUCGAGAAGUCCGAGAAGCAAGAGAAGUUCGAGACGUCCGAGAUGCAAGAGAAGUUCGAGACGUAAGAGACGUCAGAGAUCUAAAAGACAUUCGAGACAUCCGAGACAUUAGAGAUAUUAGGCCUAUUCGUGGACCUCUGCUACCAACACCUCCUGAAGGUCCUAUACCAAUACUGGCUCGUAUAGGUGGACACAGCCCCGACACCCACCGUGAUGAACCCUGGAGACGGCACUCCCCUGAAAUGCGAAGACGAAGCUGUUCCAGCAGAGAUGGUUCAGAGUCACAUACCCGCCCAAGUAGAUUUGAGGGUGGUCCACGUGACAGAGAUGCCCCUUCAAGAUUGUCAGAAGAGAGGCAGCGUGAAUUGUCUGAGGACAGGAGGAGAGACAGAGACAGAGAAAGUGGUCAUGGUGGACGAUCAUGGGCCUGGAAUAGGGAACAUGAGUAUGACAGAGGCAAAGAAAGGGAUCGGGAAAGAGACCGGAGCAGGGAAAGAGAUAGGGAGCGGGGUCACAGCAGGGAAAGGGAGAGAGAACACAGCAAAGAGAGGGAUCGCAGUAGAGGCAGAGAGUCUGACCGAGGCAAGGAGUCCGACCGAGGCAAGGAGUCCGACCGAGGCAAGGAGUCCGACCGAGGCAAGGAGUCCGACCGAGGCAAGGAGUCCGACCGAGGCAAGGAGUCCGACCGAGGCAAGGAGUCCGACCGAGGCAAGGAGUCCGACCGAGGCAAGGAGUCCGACCGAGGCAAGGAGUCCGACCGAGGCAAGGAGUCCGACCGAGGCAAGGAGUCCGACCGAGGCAAGGAGUCCGAACGAGGCAAGGAGUCCGACCGAGGCAAGGAGUCCGACAAAUAUGGAGAUGGAGACAAAAGAAGAGACCGAGAUCGAGACAGAGACCGAGAGCGUGGCAGGGAGAGAGAAGACAGAAAGGACCACGAUCGAGACAGAGCGAAAAACAGAGACAGAGAGAGAGAAAAAGACCGUGACAGAGAUCGGGAUAGCAGGGACAGAAGGAGAGAACGCUCAAGGAGUCGUGAACGAGAUCGUGGUAAAGAGCGUGACCGAAGAGAUCGUGACAGAGAACGGGACAAAGAUAGAGGCAAGGAGAAAGAAAGAGACAGACGGGAUAGAAGCAGGAGCAAAGAAAGGAAAGAUGACAGAAAGGAAAGAUCUGACAGCUCAAGAGCAAAGUCUACAGAUUCUGAAAACCCAUCAUAAAGGUCAUUCAUAUUCAAUCUUGAGUGAUACUUUUUCCUUUCUAAAUUUGCAUGGGUUUGAACUUUGUGCUUAAGUCUCUUUUGUAUAUUUUCUUGCUGAAUAUUUUAUGCUUUUUACUUACAAGCGUUGUACUUUGUAUGUGAUAAUUUUGUCAGCACAACACUUUUUCUUGUAUUGCUAUUUUAAAGAAAACUAUGAAAACCUUAACAGAUAAGGAUAAAACAGGACAUGUAAAUAUGUAUGUAUUUGUGUAAAUACAGGUACGUUUUUAACUACUUGUUUUUUUUUCUAAAUAGAGAGCUCAUAAGCCAUAUAGCUUUGAAAUUAUGUUUAAAGGAAAAAAUGUCUUCAAAAGAAGGUCUUUGUAUGGUAAAAGCUUAACCAGCAUUUAAUGAAUGUCUCUAAAGGCUAUUGUUAAUGAUUGACCUCAGAGAUUACAUUUGUUCAAUAAAUUCUGUCAUAAUGA